AUGACAUCACCUAAAGUAAUGAAAUCAUCGGUAUACGUUAAUAUCAUCGGGAAAGAUGCCUCGUCUGGCACCCGAAGACUAGACGACGGCACACGAAAGAAUUUUACGCGUGGAACAUCAUCACAUUUUGAAAUGAGGCUACAUAAAGAUCUCGGAGACUUAAAGACAGUACAAGUAUGGCAUGAUAACGUGGACGAAAAGACAGCAUGGCUUCUACAAAAAAUUACUGUUAUAAAGGCAGAGUCGUCUGAAAGAUACAUAUUUUUGUGUGGUAAAUGGCUAUCUUUAGAUAGCGAAGACGGCAAAACAUGGCGGAGUGUAGACGUUCUCGAUGAAAACCAUAUUGAAACCGAUACAUUAUUCCAUAACUUGACGCAAAAGAAGCUUUUCGAUGAUCAUUUGUGGGUGUCGCUUUUCAAAAGACCCAGAUGUAGUCGGUUUACAAGAGUUCAGAGGUUAUGGUGUUUAUUGGCUCUAUUGUUCCUGGCUAUGAUAUCGUCUGCAAUGUGGUAUGACACACCAGACGACAACAAGAUGCAGACGAUAAGUGUAGGGCCGCUUAAGUUAAACUACAAACAAUUUUACGUUGGAUUGAUGUCUGGUCUAAUAGCAUUGGUUCCAAGUAUGUUAUUAGUUUUGAUAUUUAAAAACAGAAAGUUUAAAGGAGAAAAAACUGCCGGUUGUCAUGUACCAUGGUGGUUUAUCUUUCUUGCUUACAUUUUGGUAUUUUUGUGUGUCGGAGCAAGUGGAACGUUUGUAUUCUUAUACUCUCUACAAUGGGGUGGAGCCAAGUCAUUGGAAUGGAUGGUUUCAUUUGUAUUGGCUAUUUUCCAGAGUGUUGUAAUCCUAGAACCUGUGAAGGCAAUUUUAUUAGCCAUUUUAGUAGCAUGCCUAUUUAAAAAGAUGGGAAGCAGAGAGUUAGCCGACAAAAACAUGGUAGUUCCGGUUGUAGAAAAAACUGAAUAUGUUACAGAUCUUGAAAAGGGAGAGGCAACAAUUACCCAGCAGGAAUCGUGUAUGUAUCCAGAUUUUCCUGGUUUAGAAAAAGAAGAGGCUGAAUUAGUUGUCGCUCGUACACAAGCACAGCUAGACAAACGAAUGUGGUCAAAAUUUCAGUCCUGGUUAGGAAUGAUGAUGUAUGUGGUACUUGUGGCACUUAUUUGUUCGCAUAGUGAUGUACCAACAGCAUAUCGCCAGAAUGAACAUUUAUUGCAAACCAUUUCUACAGUUUAUACACCCAAUUCAACCAACGAGAUUUAUGACUGGAUUAAAACUACCUUUAACCGUGCUGUUUACCCCAAAUGGUGGGAAUCAGAAGAUGACGAACUCCUUCGCCCAGCAUACGUACAGAGAUUUACGUUAAAUGCGUACAACUUUCGUAUCACAUUGUCACGAUUGCGCCAAAUCAGAGUUCAGGGUAACUGUAGUGGGCCAGAUGUAACGAGGAACGCAGUUGAUACAUGUAUACCAACAUUCAGUAAAAAGACGACGGAAAACAGACAUUUUUGUACUUCUUGGGAAGAAUUCAACGAAACCGAUUGUUUUGAUGAAAACGAAGAAUUUCAAUACAGUUUUCUUCAUAACUUCGGCGAAAGAAAAUCUGCGGGAGAUUCAACCUACAAUGGGCAGCAUGGAAAAUACGGACCGGACGGUUAUUAUAUUGAUCUUGGACCAAAACAGAGCCUAGUUACAAAAUAUUUAAACUUGUUACAAGAAAGCAGUUGGAUUGAUUAUCGGACUAGGGCACUGUUCCUAGAUGUAGUGACGUAUAAUGCGAAUACACGUUUAUUCAGUCAUAUCAAAAUUGUUUUUGAACUACCAACAACCGGAAGUAUAACUUUGACAACGGAAGUAUGGUCUGCUAAUCUUUAUCCUUACGUCUAUGCAAUAGACUACUUGGUACUUUUACUGCAAUUCAUUUUUAUAAUUGUUAUGUUGGUACGAUUUGUUUUAUUUAUUGUGAAUUUCUAUCGUUGGAGAACACGUGCGUUAUUACGUAUAUCCACCUAUUUACGUUUAAUGGAAUUGACAUUUGGUAUUGUGGCUAUCGUCUGCUGUAUACUAAGAAUAGAUGCUACAAUAUCAGCUAUAGCACUUUUAAAGAAAAGUAUAGGACGAUACGUAUCCUUUGAGCUAGUAAGAUUGUACGAUGCUGCCUACAACGGUUGCCUUGCAGCAGUUCUCUUCAUAAUAACAUUGGAUCUUCUAAAGCCAUUGGAAUUUAAUUAUCACUUCUUCAUGCUUGUAUCAUCUUUAAAGAUAGCAAGAACAGCAAUUUUUGCAUUUAUAUUUAUUAUUGCUUUGGAAUUAAUAGCGUUUGCUGCUCUCCUAUAUCUCACAAUAGGCAGACAACAUGAGCUUUUUAGAAGUAUGCCAGAAUCUAUUAACACUUUAGUGACUGUAUUAUUAGCAAUGAUGACAUACGAGUCUGAAGAAUUUGAUGAUAUACUAGUAAAGAUUUACUUUGGAAUAUACACUAUGUCAGUGACGAUAACUCUAGUGAACGUGUUUUUUGUGCUGUUGACUAUAUCAUUUAACGACGUAAAAGAAGGUUUGAAAAAGGGAACCCUUAUUUACGACGAGAAACUAAAUGCACAUUUCUGGUAUAAAGUAGACAAAAUGGUGCAAUGGUUCAUAGACAGAUGUUGUUUUUCCUGGGUCAAGCGAAACAGGAAUGAGUUAGAGAAACUCCAAGAAUGUCUUGAAAAAUUAAAACAUAUGACGAAUUUAAUGACGAAAAAUGAUCUAGAACGACAUAAAUUGACAGCUAAAAUGAUGAUCAAAAUGAUAGAACUUGACAAAUAUCGAACGAAGCUGGAUUGUUUAAACGUCCAGUGGAAUGAGUUUGCUACUAAAUAUAUAUUUGGAUAUGGUUCAACAGGAGAGACAUUGGUAAUUUUAUCUGUUCCUACUCUGUCAUCUGUUGUAGAAAUUGAUAUCGAAUGUUAUUUAGUACCCUGUUUGCGGCGUGAUGCUGUUAGAAAAACGAAGAACAAAGUUUGUGGCAAUUCCUUUAUGUUUUGCACUUCAGAUAACAAACUUUUGAAAGGAUCUGUCAAUUUAGAAGUUAUAUAUAACAAACCAAACAUGACAUAUAAUACAAUUGUAACUAAAAAGGAUAAGCAUUCUGUAUGGGAGACACAAUACAGUUUUGAGACAAAUACAGGAAUACACGCAUCACUACAACACAUCCCAUUCCAUUUUUGUACGAUGGAGACAGUUAAGAAUGAAUCGGAAAAAGGGAUCCGACCAUUUGAAUGGUAUCAGGUUCAACAGGAAGGAAGAACUGUAUUUCCAUCAUAUGAUACUGAAUCUAGUGUUUCAUUUACAAAAGAUACGUUUAAAAAUAGCUGUUCAGUUUCAAUACGGUCAAUGCCUGGAACCACUGCAACAAUUUUGAAUGUUAUCCUAGAAUUUCCACCAGAGAAACCAAUGAGAGUACAUCUACCUCAUUUAUUUGAAGAGGGAAAUAAUUUAAAAGCAGAUCAUCCUGGUGAGUACAUCAUUUCAGCGAAAGAAGGAUCCGAGCAGGAACAUAUUCGACAUAAUUCGGUUCUAAAAAAAGAUAAAGAUGGCUUUGAUUUUUUGUAUGACACAAGAAAACAUUGGAAAAAUCUAGAAGUAACAGUAAAGAGCUCGAAAAUUUUAUGGGUAGACAAUUUUGGUGUUAAUUCAAACUACGAUAUCAAUCUAAUUAAAGCCAUUGUUAUGGUUUCUAAAGUUCGUGAUAUAGCUAGUAAAUGGAAACAAAUAGCAGCAAUGUUGAGCAUAGCGGUAGAAGAAAUUGACAAAUCAAAUGACAAAACAUUAUGUCAGGAAGAAAAGUGUUUUCUUGUGUUCCGUAGAUGGUUAGAAAAAGAGGAAGUGACGUUCUCGAUGCUAACCUUAUUAUUAACAUCAAUCGGACACAGAGUAACAGCAGAACAUAUUCGUCGAAAAUGGAUCGUCAAUUCUCCAAAAGAAAUUACAAAGACAAAAAGUAAAUUCUUCACGAAAGUAGAAUUGGACAACAAAAAGGAAAAGAAUAGUUCGGCAAAUUCUACGCUAACCAUUAGCAGCAUAGAUAAAUGAAA